AUGCUUAAAUAUUUUUACCCUUGUUAUAUAUUAUUGAGAUUAUUUUCAAUUGUUUUUAUUAACUUUGAUUAUACAAUUUUAGAAAGCAUAAUAAUCAUAUUAGUGUUUGUAAUUGCUAAUUUAGCAGAUGAGAAAUCUUUUGAUUCUACAAAAAUUCGUUUAUCUUUAUAAUUAAAUGAUGAGGAAUAAACAGAUCAACAUAUUAAUGCAUUAAGAUUAACAAAAAGAAAAUAAAAUGAAUUUAGCCAUUUUAAUGAAUAUUCCAAAGAAAAACUUAAAAUUAGAAGUCCAAGUAUUUAUUCCAAUAAACCUCACUCUUAUAAUGAUUUAUCUUCUAUUGUUAGAUAAAAAGAAUCUAUUGAUUUUGAUAAAUUAGAAUAAAAAUUUUCAUUAGCCAAAAUUUUGUAAAUAAUUCCUAAUGGAAUAAUUAUUCUUAAUAAAUAAUAAAAAUUACAUUUUAUUAAUAAAAAAUUCAUAAAAUUAUUAUAAUGUAAGAAUGAAGAAUUAAUAUUGCCAAAACUUAAGGAUUGUUUAAGAAAUUAAUUAUUCAAAAUGGAUAAUUGCUAAAUUAAUUAAUAACCACAAAAUAACAAAAAAAUUGAAAUGAAUCAAAAUACAUUAGAAGAAAUAAUAAAAAAAGCAUAAUAAAAUAAGGUUUAAGUAGAUAUAUUUGAUAUUCUAUUGAAUUAAAAUAAAUAUUUGAAUUAAUAUUUUUUUCAUUAAGGAACUUAUGAUGCAGAAAAAAGUAGUAUUGAUGAAUCUCCAGUUUCAUAAAAUAGUUAAAAUUAAUAUAAUUUUAAUUUUUAAUUAGAAUCAAAUAAAUCUUUAAAACUUAAGAUUAUUUAAACACAAAUGACUAAUUAAUAAUUAGAUUCUAUUGUAUAAAAUGAUAUGUAAAUAUUUGGAGAUUAAUUAAAUCAACCUGUAUUAGUAUUAAUCUUAAAAGAUAUAACCUAUAAAUAAUAAUUUUAAAAGGUAGAACUUAAAAAUUAAUAAUUUUGCAAUCUUCUUAAAAAUUAAUUAUUCUAAUUAAGAACUCCUUUAAAUUUAAAUUAGUAAUAUUUAAGGAUUAUAAAUGAUGUAAUUAAGGAAGAAUAAGAUAUGACAGAAAAAUUAGAAUUACUUUAAUGUUCAACUUCUUUUUUAUAAUACUAAAUGAAUAAUGUUUUAGAUUUUUUAUCUUAUUAAUUAAAUGAAUUUACUUAUUAUUUCUAUAGAUUUUCAAUUAAUGAUUUAAUUAAUGAAAUAGAAUAAGUUUUUAUUCCAUAUUUAUUUUAGAAGAAGAUCUAAUUUUAAAUUAAAGUUUCAUCAAGUUUAUAUGAUAAAUAUUUGAAUUCAGAUAAAUUAAGAAUAAUUUAAGUUUUAUUAAUUAUUCUUAAUCAUUAAUGUAAUAAUAUUAUACAAGGUGGAGAUAUCAAUUUAAGUUUUCUUGCUAAAGAUGAAUUUACAAUUUAAGUAGCUGUAGAAAACACAUCUAUUUAAAUGAAUAGAAAAAAAUAAUUCUCAUUUAAUUAAAUAAUGUUAAAAAACUAAGAAAAUGAAAGCUGUAAUGAUUUAAUGACUCAUCAAGAAUUAGGAUUUGGAUUAAAUUUAGCAGCAAGAUUAGCAUCAGGUUUAAUUUAAGAGAAUAAUAAUAUAGAAAUAUUAACAAAUUCAUUAGAUGGUAGUAGUAUACAUUUUUUAAUAUAGGAUUAAAUAUAGAAAAAAUAAUAAAAUUAAAUAUUAAUAUAAGAUAAAAUAGAAGAUCCAAUAUUAGAAAAAGAAUAAAUAAGAAAUUAAUCCAAUACUUUUGGCUUUAUUAUUAAAAAUAAAUGUUAAUCUUAAUAAUAAGAAGAUAACUUUAUUAUUAAGAAAUAUUGCUAUUAAGAUAAUACUAAUUAAUAUGAGAAUUCAGAAAAAAUAGUAUAAAAAUCUGAAGGUUUCAAAUCAUUCGAAAGUCCAAAUAUAAUUGAUGAUUAAAGUGAAAGAAUAAUUAUACCUAAAUCUAAUUAUUUUUAAUUUAGAUCUAUAGAGAGUCCAGGAUAAUUAUUAAUAAAUUAAACAUUUUCGUUUAAAAUAUCAACUUUAUAAUUACAUGAAUGUAGUAUUAAUUGUAAAAAGAUAUUGAUAGUUGAAGAUUAGAUUUUUAAUCAAAUUGCUCUAAAAGCUAAUUUAAAUCAUUUUGCAAUUUAAUGUGAUUAAGUAUAUGAUGGUUAUUAAGCAAUUUAAAGAGUAAAAGAGAAACUAUAAACUUCUUGUUAAUUUUAUGAUAUCAUUUUUAUGGAUAUAGAAUUGCCAGGAAUAAAUGGAUUUGAUACUUCGAAAGAAGUAAGUUUACUUUUUAUACAUUAGAUAAUUUCAAUGGGUUGUAAGAAGACUGCAAUUGUCAUUUGUUCAGCUUAUGAUACAAAGGAUAAUUUAAUGUAAUUUGAUCAUUCUGGGUUAUGCGAUUAUCUACAAAAACCAAUACUUUAAAUUGAACUACUCUAAAUUCUCAAAAAAUAUUAAUUAGUUAAAUGAUUAUUGUUUUAUUAUGUCUUAUUACAUUCUGUAAUUCAAUUGAGAUAUAUGUUAAUACAAUAAGACCUAAAGAUAAUCCUUCAGAGACUUAUACAUAUUAUGAGUUGCCAUAUUGUAAACCGAAUGAUUUUGAAGAAGUAAUUGAAUCUUUAGGACAAUCAUUAUCUGGUGAUAAAUAGAUGACUUCAGUUUACAAAUUUAAUACAAAAGAGAGAUUAGAAGAUAAAUAAGUAUGUGAGAGAAAUUUUACAAAAGGUGAAAUAAAAAAAUGGAUAGAUGCGAUAGAUUAAGAAUACAUAAUUGAAUUUUAUUUAGCAGAUUUUAUAAUGCAUGAUAUAGUGGGCAGAUUUUAUAAUGGAUAAUAUUAUCUAAAGAAUAGAAUCACAUUUAAUUUAUAUGUAUCAAAUGAUUAAAGAUUGAUGUAUACUAAUAUUACAAUAAAUGAUGAUGAUUUUAUAUCUAUAAAUUCAUAAGAUGAUAAUAAAGAAAUUGGAUUCUAUUAUACUAUUUAAAUUAAAUAAUAUAAUGAAAUGAUGAAUAUUCAUGAUCAUAGUGUUAAAUGGAAUUUAUUAAUAUUCAAAAGUAUAUUAAUAUUAAUUUUAAUCAUAAUUGUCAGCUAAUUAUUGAGGAAAUCAAUAUAAAGUGAUUAUAGUAAUAUACCAGAUGAAGAAAAUGAAAUUGAACCAUAAGGAUGGAAAGCUAUUAAAAUUGAAUCAUUAAUGCCUCCAACUAAUCGUAUAGUAUUUUCUGCAUUACUUGGAACAGGAAUUCAUUUUUUAAUGACCAUUUUUAUAUUGUUAAUAUUGGGAUCAUUUUAUUUAUUUGAAACACAUAAAGGAUCUAUUAAAUCAGCUGGAAUAAUUAUAUAUAGUUUUGGUGGAUGUAUUUAAAUUUAUUAUUAAUUUGUCUAGCUAUUAAUGGAUAUUAUACAGGAAAAUUUUAUAAAUUUUUUGGAGGCAAGAGUUGGCUAUUAAAUUUAUUUAUAGCAGCAGCACUUUUUCCAAUAUCUGCUAUGUCAAUUUUAUUUAUUAUUGAUGUAUUUUCAUAUUUAUUUGGAACAACAUCUACAUUCUCAUUUACAGCAGUAUUUUCUGUUGGAUUUAUUUUAACAGUUGUUUAUUUACCUUUAACUUUAAUAGGUGGUGUUUCAGGUAGAUUAAAAACAAUAGAUGAAUUAUUUGAAAAAAGAUUGAAAAAGAAAGUUCUAAUCUCAAAUUAUUAGUUUCUAUCAAGUGGAUGUUUAUAUGGAAUUGUACCUUUUAUGUAAUUAGAAACAUUUUAAGUUAUAGAUCGAUCAUUAUGGAACUGUAUUAUAUUUUGGAAAGUACAUGGAGUGAUAAAUAAUUUGAGUAAUACACCUUGUUGAUCUUUUCCUAUAUUUAAUUAUUGAUUAUUGUAGGUUGUUUAUCUAUUAUACAAACAUACAAAUAAUUGAAUUAAGGUAAUUAUAAUUGGUAAUGGAUAUCAUUCAUUAAUGGUGGAUAAUGUAUUAUAUAUAUAUUUGGAUUUAUCUUCUUUUAUUAUUAUUUUGUUAAUAUGCAUGGAUUUUUUUAAUUUUUAUUUUAUUUUGCAGAAAGUAUAUUGGCAUGUUUUGUAUUAUGGUUGAUGUUAGGAUUUGUGAGUUAUUGGAUAUCAUUAAAAUUUGUGAUUUAUAUUUAUUCAUAAAAUAAAAUUUAAUGA